GUAUUAUUGAUUGGGGCGAAAGAAGAAGAGAGCACAAGCAUUCAGCAAAAGAAAGGCGCAGCUAGUAAAAAUAGUCUUUAUUUAAAUAAUAUUCUCUGCUUAAGUUUUUCGUGUUAAUAUUGAUGUUUCAUACGCUAUCAGCUUAAACCAAUUUGCAUUGCACAUUGCAAUUUCAACCAAUCGUUUGUAUAUUUAUUUAAGAACGCAAAACCCAAACGGCAGAAAUUCGCCGAACGAAGAAAAAACAAAAGCCAAAAAAAAAGACAGACAAAUAGCUAAAAUGACCAAUUUGGAGAAGCAACAUGAGAUGGUGAAGCGAAGUCUAGUGCAGUUUGUCAGCGCCCAUAUUCCAGGCGCCGACUUUAGCGUUGUGGACGAGAUUGUUCUAUCCUAUAUCAUUUCCAUACUCGAGGAGGCUUCGCAGGACCCAUGUUUCGAUGUCGAGGGUUUUGUAGAGAUGAUGGGCGCCUAUUUUGAGGAGUUUUCCACCAUUGAUCAGGGCGUUAUAUGUGAAUGGAUCUACAAGCUGGCUAACGAGCUAACCGAAACCGAAAAGAACCAAGGAAAUCACAAUUCCAUCAAUUUAUCGCUUAACUCGUUGACUCUAUCGAGCAUUAUACCAGAGUCCAAAUUGCGUGCACGCAACUCUUCAAUAUCCGAGAAAGAUGAGCUCUCUUCGAACAACAGCAGCAACAGUGGCGGCGGAAGCAGCAGCAAGCGAUCCCAGCACUUGUCGGAGACUAGCGAUGGCGGCUCCACUGACAGCUCCAGCUCCACUUGCGAUUACUUUUUGGAUGAGGCCGAGGUGUUGCAGGAAAUGUUCCCAGAUACCGCUUACGUGGAGAUAAAGCACUGCAUUGCCAUCUCGAAGGGCGAUAUUGAUGGUGCCACUCAGAUUCUAUUGCAUCGUCAGGAGACUAAUCAGAGUUUGACCGACAAGUCACACACUUUGGUCAUCAAGAAGAACAUUGUUGUGGAUGAUAAUGAGCUUAAAAAUCGCAUAAUUGCCAGAUAUUCUUACGUUGACAAAAAUGCUACACAGCGGGAGUAUAAGCCGGUGGUUCCAAAAAUGGAGCCACGUAAACUUGUGCGCUAUCGGGACAACAAGAUUGUGUCGCUUAAGGGCGAGCGUUACACCGAAGUCAAGCGUGACGAAGAUGCUGAGUUAAAAAAACCCAAGAAGCAGAUUCAACCGUAACUAAAGAUGAACAAAACCCACAAAAUUGAACGAUGCAGCAGCAUUCAGCAACAAACCGAUGAAAAUGUUUUAGAACACAAUGAAUACUACACAGAGCUGCAUAUGAUGAUGAAUGGAAUCAGAUUGAAUUCCAAACCCAACCCAAGUAACAAUAACCAAACUCCCAGGCUGGUUUUAGCACCAGUUGUAGCCAUGCUUAGCCAACGUUUAGAUGCUUCCUUGCCAACAACAUUAUCACAUCACAUGCAAACAGACGAACAACAAUUGUUGAGGAGGACAGCAGCAGCCGCCGACGCAUCGAGUGACCCAAUAAUCAUAAUCCAGAUAUCCAAUCCAUGUGAGUUAGCUGGCAAUUUGUUGUUGCUGUUGUUAGUUAGCCUUGCUGGCUGCUAUUGUAGGCCGCGGAAUUUUUAUCAUAAUCAAAUUGUGGACAAAGAAGACACGAAGAAGACUUUACAUACCAAAUUAGUUAAUAGUUAUGUUUUAGGAAUCGCAUUUGCAUUUUUGUUUUUUGUUUGGCCAGCCCAGGGCGUUAUAAUCAAUAACUACUUAUGAGUCUCGUUUCGGUGACAAGGAUGUAGCCCAAGGAUAUUCUUGGCUGCUGCCUGUCGCUCAUGACAACGCUUUGCGGUCACGCCUAACAUCGUGAGGAUAGCAUUUUUCUGAGUUCCUUAACUCCACAGAUCAAAAAUAACAAGUUAAUCGAAAUGAAUUUUGCUCGUUAGUGAAUCUCGACAUCCCACGAUUACGGGCGCGACUAUUAAACUCGAAUUUGGCGCUCAAAAUAGACUUAUUUAGAUGAUUUUAGGUAUUCGAAUUGAAGUGUUUGUAAGUACAGCUUGCGUUUUUAAAACGCAACUGAAAAACCACUUGCCAUAAGAUUUAUGUUGAAAGGGUUUAUAUAUUGUUUUUACUGUGUAAAACGUUUUUAAUUUCCUUUUUAUUUAUUAUUAUUAUUAUUUUGGUCUAAGCAAACUAGUAACAGUAACCACAAAUGCCAUGCAACAAUAACUAGUCCUCAUCCUGAGAACCAACUCCAC